CCUUCUUAUCAUAAACCUUUUACCAAGUAGACUUAUAGCAUUCAUCUAGUCUAGGGAUUUGCUCGAUUUCGAGGACGGAUCGCUAACCUCGUACAUUAUGUCUGUCCCGUCCGACAUGAAGAGCGACAAGGCCGCAAGUAAAGAGGCUGGGAAUUGCUUCGACCCAAUUCCAGAAGGCCUCAGUACCAAGGGAAAGAGUGCAAGCAACACACGGCUGAAAGAUCUUCGGAUCACGAACCUACACAUCCAAACCGAGGAAGGGAAUCUAGACGGGGUGAAAAAGAUACUAGAAAAGGACAAGUCAAACCUCGACUUUCAAGACCGCGAGGGCAUGACUGCCUUAAUGAUUGCAGUUAAGAACAAGAAUAAGGACAUGGUAGCCAGACUACUACAGUUUGGCCCGAAGCUUGAUAUCCAGGACAAAGCUAAAAGGACGGCGCUUCACUGGGCAGCGCAAGAUGUUCGCGGCGACAUGUUGAAACAACUUUUAUCCGAGGACGAUUCAGCGAAGACGAGUGGGACGAUGUCUACAUGCAAAACAGCCGAUAGCGAGGGCGCAAGUCACGGCACAGAAAGUAAAGUACAGGAAAGCAGCACUGGGAGCCCGUCGAUUGAAAGUAUAUCUCAUGAUGAAGCGGGUAGAGGUCUAGUAGCGAAUAUCGACUUACUAGACUCGAAGGGGCGGACACCCCUCUACCUGGCAGCUGAGAGUGGAAACUUCAGCGGCGUAGAUCUUUUGCUGCGGAGAGGCGCAGACGACCGUCUCCCAGAUGAGAGAGGGAUGAUACCUCUUGAUGCGGCUGCCGUCGCCGGCAGGAAGGAUGUUAUAAAGCUGUUAAAGGACAAAUGGGCCCCGGGUGAAUUGAGAGACCUGGCGCCAGCCUACUACUUCCUUCAAAACUUCGUCACUUCUCCUCCGCCCCAAGGGCCCCUGAGUCUCGGGAUGAUCAUAACGAGCCCAACAAAUAUGAGUUCACCCCUCAAGAAAGAGAACCCCCCACCUAAAAACUUGACGAUCCACCACAGACAGUUGUCUGGGUUCAGAGUGACGCUGGCCCAAGCCAAGACGAGGCAGUACGGCCCGUGUGCAACGUCUCUUGGGACACGUCUUAUCCCCAUGCUUAGCCAAGCAGAACACGACAUCCUUAAAGUUGGCGCCGUGGAGGAUCGCUUCUUUAUCCCUAACCCUGAAUAUUUGCAACAGAGCAUUAAAUCAGUUUCCGAGACUUACCCGCUGUUUGGGCCGGUUUACAUAGUGACCGGCAUGAAAAUAGCGCGAGGCGUUUCCUUCAUCCCAGCGUUGGCUACUAAGACUGGAUUGGGGUUGGGGGGUGAUGCGAAAGCCAACGCUGGCAUAAAAUCCAAGCAGGAGGAGAGUAAAAAUCCGGUAUUCAAGGAAGAAUUCAUCUUUGCAGUUUGCUUGUGGAAGCUAUCUCGCAGACGACCUUUCAGGUUAUAUGGGGCUUCAAGAUCUCGAUAUGAACCGUAUAACCCUGGGUUUCAUUAUAUAACCCCACAAACCGCAUCCGACCGGAAUUCUAGUAUUCUCAGUAGUCGUCGAGUACCGGAGCCAUCAGAUCGUAAUGAAGUUGUAAAUGAGACGAGACGGAACUAGUUGAUGUACAAAAUCAUCAGGAUGUUGGCAACUCUGGACUUUUUCCAUUUUAUUAGAACACUCGAGCACAAACAUCGUGAAAUACAAGGGCGUAUUAAAUAGGGGUAUUGUAAACGUCGGAGCUUUUAAAUGGUAACACGACUUAUAAUAAAAGUUCAUGUUACCUACCAUGUUCAAGUAGAGUUUCGAUAAUUUAUCAAGGUAUAAAACCCAAACAAGCAACAAAGUGCUAC